AUGAAACUUAGAUUUGUAGACUCUUUUCGAUUUUUGUCAAGACCACUUGAUAAACUAAGUGAAACUUUGGAUUCUAGUCAAUGUAUUGAAGUUAAAAAAUAUUUCCACAAUGAAAAAGAGUUUAAUUUAAUGAGGCGUAAAGGUGUUUUUCCAUAUUCUUAUGUGAGCAGCUUUGAAAAAUUGGACGAGGAAGGAUUACCUUCGAAAGAGAAAUUUUUUGAUAAUUUAAGAGGUGAACCAAUCUCCGAUGAAGACUAUGAAAAAGCUAAAGAAAUAUGGAACACUUUUAAUUGUAAAACACUUAACGAUUAUGCGAUGCUCUACUUAAAGACUGAUGUGCUUCUGUUAGCUGAUGUAUUUGAAAAGUUUGUUUAA